AUGAAUUGUGAGCCACACAACGGACAUGCAAAUGAAUUGGAACCAGAGAGCGUCGUUGAACUUGCCACUAAAUUGGCAUUGAUCAACUACGUGAAAAGGCUUGAAAAAACCUCUAAUAUUGAAAUUGUACCAAAGCACUUGGAAAACCCGUGGAGCUAUAACAUAUUCAACAAGUUGUGCCGUCUCAUCGUAAAGAAAAUCGUAAAGAAAGAUCGUGAUCAGGCUAAAGAUAUUAUAUGUGGAUGGGAAGCAGCUUAUAAAUUCCACGUUAAAGGUUGGACCCAAAAUGACCUUUCUGUUGAGGAUGUGAAAUUUUUACUUCCUUUUGUUUUUCGCUCGUGA